CAAAAUACCGUUAGCAUAAAAGGCCAUCUGCCAGUAUGUAACGGAAGUUGUAAAAUUAAUGGACUCACACGUUAAAAACGCCGCCAUAUUGGACAGGGUCUCCUGCUGCGCCUCCUGUUGCUGCUGCUGAUGAGGAGGAGGAGCAGCAGACACCAGCAGCAGGUCUCUCCCAGUCGGAGCUCAGAGGAGGCGCCGUCACCAUGAGCUCAGCAUCUGAACCUGUGGCUCCCAGCAGCAGGUCCCUGUCUGCUGCCAGGAGACAUCGGAGCGUCCGGAAGAACUCCAGGAGGCUUUACUCUGCUUACCAGCAGGGCUCCUCAGAGGAAGAGGCUGAUAAGGAGGUGGACAGCAACGACCCAGAAGAAAUGUUCCAGAACAUUCAGUACCAGAAAGAGAUCAUCGCAAACAUCCGCUCCAGGCCCUGGCCAAUGAGACGGAAGCUCAAAGUUCUGAAGCAAGCCCGAGAGAUUGUCCUGAAGUACGAAGGCCAGCUGACAAGAACCAGAGGCUAUCAGACGGCUGGAGCUGAUCUGCUGAAAAAACUCUACAGGCUGCUUUAUAACGUUGUCGUUACCUUCAUUCCAUGGGAAGUCAGGAUCAAGAAAAUUGAAAGUCACUUUGGGUCUGGUGUGGCCUCCUAUUUCAUCUUUCUCCGCUGGUUGUUUGGGAUAAACAUCGUCCUGACCAUCAUGACAGGAGCCUUUGUGGUCCUUCCAGAGCUGCUGGCCGGAGCUUCGUUUGGAACAACAAGAAGUAAAACUAUCCCCAAGGAGCAUCUAGCAUCAGCCCAGGACUUGGACACCAUCUGGUCUCUAGGGGGCUACCUGCAGUACUCCGUCUUAUUCUAUGGUUAUUACGGCAGCGUGAGGAAGAUCGGCAGCGCCGGCUACCGGCUGCCGCUGGCAUACUUCCUUGUUGGGAUGGCUGUAUUCGCCUACAGCUUCAUCAUUUUGUUACGCAAAAUGGCGAAGAAUUCGCGCCUGAGUCUGGCCAGCGCAUCUGAUGAAAACUUCACCUUCUGUUGGAGAGUUUUCUGUGCCUGGGACUACCUGAUAGGAAACCCUGAGGCUGCAGAGUGCAAAGGAGCUGCAAUCGUGAACAACAUCAGGGAAGCAAUCGUUGAAGAGCAGGAGAAGAAGAAGGAUACCAGCCUGGCUGUUCUCAUCAGUCUGCGUAUUUUAGCCAAUAUCCUGGUUCUGCUGUCGCUCGCUGGGAGCAUCUACAUUAUCUAUUUUGUGGUAGACCGAUCUCAGAAACUGGAGCAGGAGAAGCCGGAGCUGACACUGUGGGAGAAGAAUGAGGUGAGCGUGGUGGUUUCCCUCAUCACAAUGAUUGCUCCUUCUGCAUUUGAGCUGGUUGCCCAGCUGGAGAUGUACCACCCGAGGACCUCUCUGCGGUUCCAGCUGGCCAGAGUCCUUGUUCUAUACCUUGGGAAUCUCUACAGCCUCAUCAUUGCUCUUCUGGAUAAAGUCAACAUUAUGAGUUCAGCUCCCCAGUUGAGCUCUAAUAACUGGACUGACAGCAGCUCCACCACAACCAGCCUUUCUGCCCCAGUAUCAAGGAUCUCCUCAUCUGAGCAUCUCAACAGUACCAUGGCAACCAUCACAACGGCUAUCAACUUCAUCCACAACAGAAGCGUCUCUGUGACAGCAUCUAAUCAGAGCUCUCCCUUUGAGAAGACCGUCCGCUCCCAGGACCAGUGCUGGGAGACCUAUGUUGGACAGGAGAUGUUGAAGCUUUCUAUCAUUGACAUGAUCUUCACAGUAGCCAGCAUCUUACUCAUUGACUUCAUCAGAGGUCUGGUCGUUCGCUACCUGAGUGACUGCUGCUGCUGGGACUUGGAGAGCAAGUUUCCAGAGUACGGAGAAUUUAAAAUAGCUGAAAAUGUCCUGCACUUGAUUUACAACCAAGGGAUGAUCUGGAUGGGAGCCUUCUUCUCUCCAUGUCUGCCUGCCUUCAAUGUGCUGAAGCUGAUUGGUCUGAUGUAUCUGAGGAGCUGGGCUGUGCUCACCUGUAAUGUUCCUCACCAGCAGGUGUUCAGAGCUUCCAGGUCCAAUAAUUUCUACCUGGCUAUGCUGCUGUUCAUGCUCUUCCUGUGCAUGCUUCCCACCAUCUUUGCCAUCGUGCGCUACAGACCUUCUGAGCACUGUGGACCAUUCAGUGGUCAAGAAAAGAUUUAUGACAUCAUCUCAGACACGGUGGCCUCCGACUUCCCGCUGUGGUUCAGUAAAGUGAUGAGUUACGUCACCAGCCCGGUGGUGGUCCUGCCUGCAGUGCUGCUCUUAUUUAUGCUGAUAUAUUAUCUCCAAGCCAUCGCCAGAUCCCUAAAAUUCACCAACAACCAGCUGAGGAUGCAGCUCCAGACUGAGCGGACGGAGGACAAGAAGAAAGUUUUUCAGUUGGCUGCAGCGAGGCUACAAGCUCCAGAGGCUUCAGCUGACAAGAAGCCAGAUCAGCAGGAGACGGAUGUCCAAAGCCAGGAAGCCUCCAUACACACUUCGUCUCCAGGGCAGAAUGGCAGCGUUACAAACGUCCAGUCUCCUGUCCACCGUAGCAACAGCAUCCGCACCAUCACCCAAUCAGCUUCUAGGGCGGAGCUUAACCCCGGACAGGUGGCUGGAUCAGUCCGAAGUCCAGCUGCGGUCCUACUGCCCAAACGCCAGGUGGAGCUCCUAUGUAACAGGCCACCACAUUUCAUCAGUGGCCCAAGUGGUUCCUGUAGAUCCAAGUCCUGCCACCAUAUGGCAUCCAAUUCGCCGGCUGCUUGUUCUGGCACCAUGCACACCGACCCGUUGUACAGGAAGACCGUACGCUCUCUACACCCUGUGGAGGCUGCUGGGAUUAUCGCCGCACAAAGCUACGGGGGCCGUCGCGGUCACACCACCCGCUAUGUUAUCGUCAAUGAGCACCGACCCCGGAAGAAGCUGCUGUGCUCCGCCACACGGAUCCCGAGGCACUACCUGAUGGAGGAGCCCACAGAGAUCCUGGAGCUGUACCCACGCAACAUGAAGCACUUCACGCCUCGCACUGUCCACCCCCACCGCUCGCACACGACGCAGCAGCUUCUUAAGGACCAGGAGGAACCUGGGAAAGGCAGAAAAAGGACCUCGUUAGGCAAAAGCCAUCGGCCCCGCCCUCUGUCGGAGCACCAGCAACAAGCACACUUCUACAUUGGGGAGAGGUUAGAGAGCUUCAGAGGAAGCCAUGCCGCGAGAUACGGAAUGCAGGACGACAUUGAAGCGGUGGAUGGUAGGGAGGAGGUGGACUGGGAGGAUGGCCCGGGUUCUCCUUCUCCGGCCGGCGUUGGAGAAACUGACAUGCAGAGGCGUCCUGUUCUAUCUGCAGGGAGGCAGAGUCAGUCCCCCGUCAGAAUCAGAGCUGUGAAGUCUCACCUGAAGCCCAAGUUAAGGAGCCAGCUGGAGAAUCCUCUAACUGAAUCGGACUCAGCCUCUGUGGCUUCCAGCAGCGACCAGCAGAACAGCAGCACAGACCAGUACAUCCAAGUCAUCCACAGCAAGGAGCGCCACCUAGGCUCUGACAUCAGGCAGGAGAAGCUGUCCAAGAAGAAGACCAACCUGGAUCUGAACGGCAGUGACUCUCAGGAUUUAGUCUGCUCCAAUGUGUGACUCACAUUUCUAAAAUCCUGUAGAUCUGCUUCUGUUAGAUAGCGUGUAACUCCUACAACUAAGAAAAAAAUGUAUUCCAGCUGUUUGUGUAAACGUGUUUCUGCAUCAAAUAUCCAGAACAUUGCUGUCCAUCGAGUAAUCUAGAAAACAUGGAGCUUUGCUCAAUGUCACA